AUGGGAACGCUCUCAGAGGGGCCAUACAAAACAAACCCUGGAAUCCGCCUCCAAGCUCAGUACGCAGGGGACGACAUUCCAUACUCCAAUGCCCCCAUGAAACCCGGGUGGGAUGGGGAGGCCCCGCCCCAAAAUGGCCGCGCCCAAGUGCGGCUGUUGCCGGCAGCACGGCCACCGGCGUUUUCUCAAUCUGGGGAUCUAAAAGAAGCGGAAAGUGUGGCCUGGGGGACGGAGGGGCGCGCAGGACGACCGGGGAGAGGGCGCUCCGGCCUCGGAGGCGGCGGGGAGCAGGACCCUGCGACCGGCCGCGAGGAGCCCACUCGCCUUUCGGCGCCCUCAGACUUUCGUGCGACUCGUCCCGGAAAACGGUCGCACGUUCCUGGCGUUCUCAUCUCGCCUCAAAGGGAAGCACGGCGGCGCGAGUUCACGCUGCCUGUUGUUAUCCGCCCAGGGACGUCGGACUGCUGGUGUCGCUGUGAGGGAGGCGGGGUUGGCGAUACGCGCGAUGCGGGGGUCGGAGGGGCCAGGGGUAACGGGCUCGCGCCCCCGAGGGUGGAGUGGCAGGACCGUGGAGGGUCGGGCUGCGUAGCUGAGACCAGUGCUCGCCUUCACGCUCCAGCUUAUGUGCCCUGGGCUCCGAUUGUCAGUCUCCGGAAGAGCAGUUGUGAGGCCUCAGGAGGAGAUCUCCAUCCUUUGUCCGGGGCGGAACAGGAUGGCCAACGCCCAGAAUUCUGGCAAGUUGAUGACCAGAUACAUAACCACAAGGAAAGCCAAGACAAGCCUCUGUGGCAAACUGCAUUCAUACACAAGGAAACAGUGAAGGAUGAACAUGGCCAAGAAUUUAGAACAUGCAGAAAAAUCAUUUAUCCGAGCCCAGACUUUGUUUCUAUAAGACAAAGACUCCCUAAAUAUUAUUCAUGGGGAAGGAGUUCAAAACAUAAUUUAAACUUUCUUAGUCAAAACAGAAGCUACGUAAGAAAGAAAGAUGAUGAAUGUAAGGCCUAUUGGAAAUUAUGCUUCCAUUCUAAUCUUGAUAAAGCUCAGCCUGGAGAGACCUUCUUUGAGCCUAAUCAACGUGGAAAAGCCCUCCACCAUAAGCAAAGCCUUAAUAAAAGUCGGAGAAUUCAAACUGGGGAGAAACUCUAUGAAUGUUCUGAAUGUGGAAAAGUGUUUAUCCAGAAAGCUAACCUCGUUGUACAUCAGAGAACUCACACAGGAGAGAAACCUUAUGAAUGCUGUGAAUGUGCAAAAGCCUUCAGUCAGAAGUCAACCCUCAUUGCACACCAGAGAACUCAUACAGGGGAGAAGCCCUAUGAAUGCAGUGAAUGCAGGAAAACCUUUAUCCAGGAGUCAACUCUGAUCAAACAUCAGCAAACUCGUACAGGAGAGAAACCCUAUGAAUGCAGAGAAUGUGGCAAAGCCUUCAGUGGGAAGACAGCUCUCGUUAAACAUCAGAGAAGUCAUUCAGGAGAUCAAACCUAACAAUAAACUUUCAAGUGGGAUAACUUUAUCCAUAAAUUAUAUAUCGUUAUACUAUGCAGCAAAGAACUCAUUGAGUAACCGUGUAAAUCUAAUGAACAUCAGAAAGCACUCAGCCUUUAUUAGAUUUAAGAAAACUCAAAGUUAUGAUAAAGCGUACAAUAAAUGUGAUAAAUUCUUCACCCAGGAGUUUUAAUACAUUGUACAUCAAAAUUUAUGAAGGGUCAAAACCAUGAAUAUAGUGAAAGUUGGAAAGCCUUUGGAAAGAAGUUAAAUGUCAUUUUAUAUUAGAGCUCUUAUGUUCAGGAGACACUAUCAAUUUAAUGAGUUGGAGAACCCCAAUUUCCUAGAAAUUAUAUUGUGAGGAAAAUGAAGUUCUAGAUGUCGUCAUACAUUUUAUAGAAAAGAUCAUAGAGGUUACAAUCAAGCACUCAAUUUUAAAUUAUAUACAUAUUCACUCCAGAAUAAAGUUUUGAAGUAUAAAUACAUUGAAUAAUCAGGAGGAGAGAGGAAAAAACAUAUUAACCCUUGCUAGGCAAAACUCCCAGAUUAAUCUGUAAAUAGAUAGACCCUAAAUAGAUUAGUCUGAGAGAGGAUGUGCCCGCAGGAUCCUCACACAAAAGGAACCCAAGCAGGGGACCUGACACAUGUGUUCUAUCAUUAUAAAUGUGCAAAUGUCUUAUGGAGAAAGAUUGUAUCCUUCUGGGAUAUUUCUUAGAACAGUGGUCACAAUUUAUUAUAUUCUGUUCAUAAGAAGUAAUUAUAUUAUGGUGGGACAAUAGGAGGUUAAGGAUUUCCAGGAAAUAUCCUGUAAGAACAGUAUUAAUUGAAAUAAAAAUUAGAAGCAUCUUGAAUAUCCAAUGAUAGAUGAUUGUAGAUCUAUCAAUAGUUAAAUUGCUAUAAUAUGCUGCCAUUAAUUAUGUAUCCAUUAUUUUGUUUAAGGAUUUGGAAAGUGUGGAAGAUAUAAACUGUACUUUAUGAUCUGUGUUGUAAAAUGAUAUGUAUAACAAGGAUAUGCACCAUUAUGAUUUCAGUAUCUCUGGAUUGUGGGAAUAUAAGCAAAUUUUUGAUUAGUAAAAACAUAUGAUGAUUAUG